UAAUUAAUCAACAAAAUUCUUGAGCGUUUUUUUCCUCUGUUCGCCGGCUGAGGAAAUACUGCGCAAUAUCCAUAAAGCCGCCGGUGAAUAAUUUGUCAAAGCCGCCUGGUAGAGAUGGGAUUCACGAAAGAGCAGCUGCUUGCUCGUUUACAGGAGCUUCAAAUCGGUUAUUCCAAAUAUGACCAUCCCGUUGUGUUAACAGUGGAAGCUCAGGCAAAGUAUGUUGGGCACUUGAAAGGUGGAUUGUGCAAAAAUUUGUUCUUGAAGGAUAAGAAACAAAGAUUUUAUAUAGUUUCUGCCUUGGCCGAGACAAGGGUAGACCUAAAAGUUCUCUCUCAGAGGCUGGGUUUAGGGAAAGGAGGUCUAAGAAUGGCUCCAGAAGAAGCACUUGCAGAAAUUCUUCAGGUGCCCUUAGGUUGUGUUACUCCCUUUGCACUUGUGAAUGACUCGGCAAAGCACGUUUCUUUAUUGCUCGAUCAAGGGCUUAAGUGUCAGGAAUGUUGCCUCUUCCAUCCAAUGUCUAAUGACAUGACAAUCGCUCUUAAAGCACUUGAUCUUGACAAGUUCUUGAUUUCUAUUGGGAAAACACCUGCCUACGUGGACCUCGAGGCUAAUCCUACGGUUGGGAAGGAUCAACCUCCAGAUCUAGCAGCUCUCGUUCCUUCUGAUUCAAAAGUCUCGGCUGAUCCUGUUGAAAAACCGGGACCCGGUCAAGGUCCCGAAAAGAAUCAAGUGCCAGCGAAUAACCAACCGACAGGUGUCAAAGUGGCAAAAGCUGUAAAACCGUCUAACGAUUCUACAAAAGAGAAAUCAACUGAUGCUGUGAACUUGUCGAUCUCAUAUGCGGACACUGAUAAGUUUGUUGAAGAGAUUUUGGAGAAGACAAAAUCUUUUGUUCUCUCAGAGAUUGAGGAAGACAAUGUAAGCAAACUUGGGGUUGAGCUGAAGAACAUUGCUACCAUAUUCAAGAACACGGCUUACACAGAAGGCUUCAGAGCUGGUAUUCAUCGUCAGCCAAAGAGACUGUAAUUUUUUGAAAUCUAUCCAUAUUUAUCUAAGAGAACAGAGAAAAAAGGGAGAAAAUCAGAGGAAAAAGUUUUUUUUUUUUGGCUUGGAUAUGAUAUGAAACACGAUUUAUUUGACCACAUUUAUCCCUUUUACAUGUGAUGACUUGACUUUGUUUCGUUUUAGCCUGAAUUUAGUUCGACAGUAUCAAAUUAAAUGCUGUUCGUCGAAUUUCUUUCCCCGUUUUUUCAACUUUUAAAUGUAGACACUUGCAAUACUCGAGCAUGGGUAGCCCUUCUCGUCUCGUUAGGUAAAUUUCCAUUCCACUCUUCAUACAUACGCCAUUUGCUUUAAAGAAUAUUACACCUCCAUGAAUCUGCUGCGGGACGAAGCGAAUUCGCCAGCUGGCGGAGCCCCCUGCGGGGCCCGCGCGUCUCGUCAUUCCUAAUUUCUCGACUCUCGCGUGGGCCCGCCGCCGCCGCCGCCACCUCGUGUCGGCAGACGGGGCACGUGUUGUGGAGCCUCAGCCACGGGACGAUGCACUCGGAGUGGUAGAUGUGCUUGCACGGGAGCUCUCGAGCUUCCGUCCCGACUUUGAACUCUUCCUUGCACACGGGGCACUCUGGGUCGGGCCCCAGAUGGGUCGACGAGAUCUUGACCGUCGAGAUGGCCUCGAUCGCCGAUUCCGACGCAGGCGGCGGGCCGGGCCUGUCGUUCUGGGUCAGCUCCUCGAUCAGCUCGUGCAGGCCCGGCCCGUCAAAGUAGUCUGGGCCCGGUGGGCCCAGACUUCCUCCUGGAGGCUGGUUCGGCCCAGUACGCCGGAUGAUGACCCAGGUUUCGGGUCGUGGUCGUGGGCGGGAAAAGAUUCCGCUCUCGGAAUCCCAGCCGUCUGUGUCGUCAUAAAACGGAUUGGAUCUCCUUCUCGAUCUUCUGUGGGCCCGAUUAUGGGCCGGAUUCGGGCCUCGGUUAGAGUCGUUAUCGACGGGUGGGUUGCGUAGGCCGGGCGGAAGCCCGAUCAUGAGGGUGAGGGCCUCGAAGAUUCGGGCCUCGGGGGAAGGGUCGAAGGCGGUGAACUCGAAGAUGGAUCUCGUGUUCGAGGGGUCGAUUUCGUUGAGGAAGGUGCCGAAGCAACGGGGGCAUAUGGGCUCAUUUUCGUGGGGCCUGCGGGACGCGAUUCGGACGGGCCGAUGGCAUUGGUAGCACCAAUAGCGGUUGAAGGUUCGGGCCUCAUUGGGCCUUGUCCUUGGAGGGCUCCAUGACAUGUUCUAUUUUUUUUUUGGAGGGGAAUAAUGUGCGUGGGGAGAUG